CCAUGUGCGGGGAGGGCGUCGGGAGCGCGCCGCGCCACACUUCCUCAAUCGAGAGUAUCACAGAGUGAAAAAAAGGAGGCGACGAGAAAGAAAAGAAAGAAAGAAAGAACUUCGGUCCGUGCGGCGGUGAAGAGACAACGGACAGUUUGCAGGACGAGCUGACUUUCGGGACUUGUCACCAUGGCUCCUUUCUUGAGGAUUGCCUUCACCACAUUCGACCUGGGUACCCUGCCGCCUUUGGCUGACCCACCUUUCUGUGCAAUCAAAAUGAAGGAGGCCUUGACAACUGAACGAGGGAAGACUCUAGUUCAGCGGAAACCCACAAUGUAUCCAGCCUGGAAGGCCACUUUUGAUGCGCACAUCUAUGAGGGCCGUGUGCUGGAGGUGCUGCUGAUGAAGACGGCGGAGGAGGCGCUCGCCGAGGUCACGGUUGGCAUGUCCGUGCUCGCUGAGCGCUGCAAGAAAGCCAACGGGCGUGCUGAAUUCUGGGUGGAUCUUCAGCCUUCUGGGAAAGUCAUGAUGGCAGUGCAGUACUUUCUUGAGGGAGUGGAUUCAGAGAGUAAACACGCCGCAAAGGAAGAAGAAGAAGCCCCCACCCUCAACCGUAGAAGAGGUGCCAUCAAGCAGGCAAAGAUCCACUUCAUCAAGAAUCACGAGUUCAUCGCCACCUUCUUCAGGCAGCCCACAUUCUGCUCCGUGUGUCGAGAAUUUGUCUGGGGACUCAACAAGCAAGGCUACAAAUGCAGACAAUGCAACGCGGCCAUCCACAAGAAAUGCAUCGACAAAAUCAUCGGCAGAUGCACCGGCACCGCCGCAAACAGUCGGGAUACCGUGUUCCAGAAGGAACGCUUCAACAUCGACAUGCCGCAUCGCUUCAAGAGCCACAACUACAUGAGUCCCACCUUCUGCGACCAUUGCGGGAGCCUGCUUUGGGGUCUUGUCAAGCAGGGCCUGAAAUGUGAAGAUUGUUCCAUGAACGUUCACCACAAGUGUCAGCAUAAAGUGGCCAACCUUUGUGGUAUCAACCAGAAACUUUUAGCUGAAGCGCUCACACAAGUCAGCCAGAAAUCCUUCACUCGCCGCUCUGAUCCAAACCUCGAUACAAACUUAGCUGAUAUUGGAAUCUACGAUGAGGUCAAUAAGCUGUCCGAACUGGAUAUCAACGAUACAAGCCAAUACAGCAGAAUUUGGCAUGGUUCGGGCCCGCAGCCUCAGACUCGCCUUACACACCUUACCCGCAUUAACGUGGACAACUUUGUCUUCCAAAAGGUCCUGGGGAAAGGCAGCUUUGGCAAAGUUCUCUUGGCAGAACUAAAAGGUCAGGAGGAGUACUUUGCUGUGAAGGCUCUGAAGAAAGAUGUGGUGCUAAUGGAUGAUGACGUGGAGUGCACUAUGGUGGAGAAGCGGGUCUUGGCUUUAGCCUGGGAUAACCCUUUCCUCACACACCUUUAUUCAACCUUCCAGACGAAGGAACAUCUGUUCUUUGUGAUGGAGUAUUUGAACGGAGGGGACCUAAUGUUUCACAUUCAGGAAAAAGGACGAUUUGAUCUCAUCAGAUCUACGUUUUACUCUUCUGAGAUCAUUUGCGGACUUCAGUUCUUGCAUUCCAAAGGAAUCAUCUACAGGGAUCUAAAGUUAGACAACGUGAUGCUGACUCAUGAGGGACACAUUAAAAUCGCAGACUUUGGCAUGUGCAAGGAAAACGUCUUUGGAGAGAACCGGGCCACGACUUUCUGCGGUACACCAGACUACAUAGCUCCUGAGAUUUUGCUGGGCCAGAAAUAUUCUUUCUCGGUGGACUGGUGGUCAUUCGGUGUGUUGCUGUACGAAAUGCUCGUCGGACAGUCGCCGUUCCACGGAGAUGAUGAGGAUGAGCUCUUUGAGUCCAUCCGCAUGGACACCCCCCACUACCCCCGCUGGCUCAACAAAGAAGCCAAGGAGCUGAUGGAGCAGUUAUUUGAAAGAGAUCCCACACGUAGGCUUGGGAUCUUGGGUGAUAUCCGUUUACACUCAUUCUUCAAGUCCAUUGACUGGACGGCCUUGGAGAACAGGGAGGUGGAGCCACCCUUCAAGCCCAAAGUGAGAGCACCAAACGACUGCAGCAACUUUGAUCGGGAGUUCCUGAGCGAGAAGCCCCGCCUGUCCCACAGUGACAAGAACUUCAUAGACUCCAUGGACCAGUCGGCAUUUGCUGGCUUUUCUUUCAUGAACCCCAAGAUGGAGCUUCUCUUAGAAAAGUAACUCCUGAAUGAACAGUGCGACUUGGUUUACAAAGCCAGUGUUUAGGUGCAGUUCACUUUUUGUGUCACAUGGUUAAACCUGCCAAAUAGCUGGUCCACCAGCAGAAUUUGCGUCGUUAUUUUAAGCACAAAUUGCUCUCCCGGGGUACUAGUCGAUAUAUUUGGAGGUACUGUAUAUAUUAAGCCUAAUGUGUUCGAAUGCAUGCGUCAAGCUAUUGUGUAGCCUGUAAGAAAUAAUAAUACAGUAAUAAUAAUAACGGUGGUAGGUUGAAAAACGCUUAACAUUCCAUUUAACGUCACUACUGCCCUCUUGUGUAUGUUUUGGGGUAGUAAUCAGUUCAAGCCAGCAAAUAAUUCAGGAUUUAAUGUAGAGUACAUUGAUCUAAAAUCAACCUUAGUGUAUUCCUCUUGAAUUAUGGAUUUUAAUAAUUAUUGUGUUGUUUAUGUUAUCACAUCACAUUUGACUGAAUAGGCUUCCUGUUAUGGAACAUGGAAUUGACCCACCAGUCUUCCAUCGCAUAGGUGAGCAGCCUUUGACCGUUGAUGAUAUUCCAGAGCAUUUGAUCUGGCCUGCCUUACAAUAUUCUGAAAACAAAACCGCCAGUGAUUUUUUUUUUUUAAAAAUCUGAAAUAGUAGACAUUUGAAUCUUACAUGGUACUUUAAAUUCACAU